GCCUAAGUAGUGGAAGAGCUGUUAGUCAAUUUAUACCAGUCAGGUUAAAUUGUACUAGCUGAUGUAUUGCGCGCGUCUUUAUCUGUUUUCCAAGAGGACUAUUUCAGUAUUACACCAGGAUUAAAUAUCGAGGACUUUAUUUCUUUUCACAUCUGUUUCACUGGACCGGGACAGCGAGGCGGAGUUGGCGCACUGGAUCUAACCUUGUGCAUUUUUUAGCCUACUGGCUAGCGGAGCGCUAGCUAAUCACUAGUAAUUUUCACUACAAACUGGGCAACGAACAAACCAGUUGAGCUUGAAGGCCAAGGAUUUGUUUUACGUCUGUUUAAAUAUGUUGCUGUCCAAGUUUGGGUCUUUCUCUCACAUUUGCAACCCCACCAGCAUGGACCAUUUACCGGUGAAAAUACAGCUUCCACCAGUGAAAGUGGAGCCUGAGCCAUUUGAAAAGAUGUAUCAAGUCGGAUCUGUGUUGGGAAGCGGAGGAUUUGGAACAGUAUACGCCGGUAGUCGGAUUUCUGACGGUUUACCGGUCGCAGUGAAACAUGUGGCAAAGGAAAGGGUUACGGAGUGGGGCUCUAUUAACGGUGUGAUGGUACCUUUGGAAAUUCUGCUUUUGAAGAAAGUCGGCUCUUCUUUUAGAGGAGUGAUAAAGCUGUUGGAUUGGUAUGAAAGGCCGGACGGUUGGUUAAUUAUCAUGGAGAGACCAGAACUGGUGAAAGAUCUCUUCGACUUCAUUACUGAGAAAGGCGCGUUGGACGAGCCAACGGCUCGAGGAUUUUUCCGUCAAGUUCUGGAGGCUGUUCGUCACUGCUACAACUGCGGUGUAGUGCACAGAGAUAUCAAAGACGAGAAUCUCCUCGUAGACUUACGCAGCGGGGACCUCAAGCUCAUUGACUUUGGUUCAGGGGCGAUUCUCAAGGACACGGUCUACACCGACUUUGACGGCACAAGAGUGUACAGUCCACCAGAGUGGAUCCGCUUCCAUAGAUACCACGGGCGCUCGGCAACAGUGUGGUCGCUUGGAGUGCUGUUGUAUGACAUGGUCUGUGGAGACAUCCCUUUUGAGCAGGAUGAGGAGAUCCUUCGUGGACGACUCUACUUCAGAAGGAGAAUCUCUGCGGAGUGUCAGCAGUUGAUCAAGUGGUGCCUGUCCUUAAGGCCUUCUGAUAGGCCCACACUGGAACAGAUCUUUGAGCAUCCAUGGAUGCGCCCAGCAGAGGUCUCCAAGGCAGAGGAGGGAGACAUUCGGCUCAGAGCCAUCAGUACAGACACGUCAAGCAUGAGCUCCAGCAAGGAGAGCCUUUGAAAAAGGGCAUUUCGAAGGGUGGGGAUGUUUGAACUCUUGGUCUGCAGUCCUACCAUGGCUAGGCAUGCAGAUUUUUUUUUUUUUUAUGGAAUUAUAAUUUAUUACUGUUUGCUCUUCCUUUGUAUCUUUUUAUUAUUUUCUUUUUAUAAUUCAUAAAUCGUUUCCUAACAGGGAACAUUUGCUGUUUGGGCGGACUUUACCAGCACUAUUUAUUUUUUAUUUUUAUUUUGAAUUUGUUACAAGGCUGGUUUAUGCAUUUGUCAAGCCUCCUAUUCAGAUGUGGCUGCUCUCAUAGAGCUUGGACAAUUUUUAUUUAAAUGUUUUAAUUUUGAUUUGGAGUGCCUUUUUGAAAGCUGCUGUUUUGGGGCUUUCAUCAUUGCUUUGUGUUUCUAUUUAAUUUCCCCUCAAGCCUGUUUGUAAGUUGCACAUCAGUGUUUUGUGCAAAUUACUUGCCUGUUUGGGGUCCUAUGAUGGGGAAGGGGGUUAACCAACAGAAUACUUGAAACGCACUCACUCCCACUGAGUCUGUCUCUUUCUCUCUCUCUCUCUCUCUCUCUCUCUCUCUCUCUCUCUCUCUCUCUCUCUCUCUCUCUCUGUCCCGCUCUCUGCGCUGCUCAUUCACACUUUGGCCUGCACAGGUGUCCAGAAAAAAGGUUACUUUAAUUUCUGAAUGUGUAUUAUUAUUCAUUGUAACUACCACACUUGCCUAGGGUGUGACCCCUCCUCCCUGGCAUUUUUGUUCCUCCCCAUCUCACUGCUGACACUACAAUACCCGAGUCCUGUGCUGUUGGGGCUUGGGUGUGAAAAUGCACAAUCAAUGCAAUAUUCAUGGACUUAGUUAUUUUUUUAAAUACAAAUCUUGUACAGUGUGUUUAAUGUGUACAUUUUCCCUGCUUUUAAUUUAUUUGUAACAUGUAGACAUUCCACACUCUGUGGCUAUUUAUUUUUAUUUAUUGUCCACGCUUCAGAAUCCCAAAUUUGCAUAUCUUUACAUGGCCUUUUGUUUGCAUUCCUGUCAUAAUAUUUUUUUUACAUUUUGAGAAAUUAAGAGAUGGUGGAUGCACUGAAGCUGUUGUCGAUGUAAAAAGGAAUAAAACAAGGUUUACUUAAAUUGGAAGAGCAUGAAUGUGACUUUACUCUCCAUGGGGCCUUGGUUGCCUUGAACGACUCUAUUCAGAAUUACUUAAGUGUUGUUUUGAAUGGGUUUGUGUAAUCUGCAUACAUUUAACUAGAUUGAUGCAUUCUACGUAUAAAGAUGGGAUAGGGCUAUUCCUGUUAGUGGCUAUGCAGCCUUGUGUUAGACAUUCUCUCCUCUUUAGGUAAGCUGUAUGACACUUGAUGGAGAUCCUAUUUUUAUACAAACAUUUCAAUUAAACGUUUUA